GUGCUGUCCACUUGAUUCACCGAUAGUCAUACAUACACUAACUGCGAAAUUGCGAAGGAGAGCUCUCUGUUUGGAACAACACAAAUACUCGAGAAGAAUAUUAACUGUAUGCGUAAAAACAAAAACACUUGCCUAAAAUGCAGUCGUACGAUGGCGCAAGUAGUCCGAGCCAUGGUCACAAAGCAGAAAAAUGCGUGUUCCCUCAGCCUGCAACUCCUUGGUUGCUCGACGGCAUGCCUUGGAUGUUAGCGACUACCAGUGCUCCACAACCAGGUGGCGUUAUGCAAUUUGGCUCCAAUGCGAAUAAAGCCAGCUUUAAUAUAGAGACUGAUGCCCAGUAUAAACAGCUUAAACGCAAGGCGCUAGAGCGACAGAGCAAAGAGGCCGUGCUCCCACCGAAACAGUUGAUCACCGAAGAACGCAUCACGAUGCAUUUUAGUGGGCUACAAAUCUCUGGCGGAGAUGGAGGGGGUGUGGCUGGCGUCAGCGGUGUCAAUAACAAUGGCAUAACCAGUGCUGGCGGGCUGGCCAGUGAUGAUAUACCUUCAACCAGUACGGGCAAAACUCAUCAUCAUCCAAAUCCGGCUUAUCAAAUGGCUGCCAUAGAGUUGGAACAGAAGUUGCGCAAUGCCAAUCGCAUUGUAAUCUGUGAUGAAUUAAAGCAGGCUGGCGGAUUAACUGAUGCAAUUAUACCAGCAGAGUUGUUGAUAAAGUCUAUACCUCGUCCGUGUACAGCGUUAGUGCCUUGGCAGCCACCUCCGCUUGCCAAGAAUUUUGUGAACCAGGACCAGCACCAGCAACAACAACACUCUCAACAACAGAGCCUUUCCACCUCCGCUCCACCUGCUACGGGUCUAGACGAUUAUGACGAGCUUGGAUUUUUUAAUAAUAACAACACAUGCAACGUGAAUUUAAAUAAGGCUGACGAACAAAUGGAUGAAGAUUUGGACCUGUAGCUGUAAUUGGAAAUAAGCUACGUUUGGCAGUCCUUUGUUCGAGCAUAAGUUUAAGUAAACUAUGUUCUUUUUAGACAGUAUAUCAGCACGUAAACUAUAGAUGUAUUUUACCAAUUUGCUGCUUGAAUGCCCACAAAAAAAAUAUAUGUGAUUUUAUAAAUAAACAACUCCCGAUAACUGUAAA